AUGGCAUUUGCAAACCGAGAGAGCCGAGCUGAAACUUUGAAGCAUUAUCAUGUACUUUACCAAGCACAUCACAGAAGUCAAGCAACAACAUCCUCUAGUGACACUCAAGCAGAGGCUGGGGAAACAGAUUUGCUAUUACCACAUGUAAUACACUUCAACCCGAAAUUCGACUAUCUCACCCUCAUCUACUCAAAUUUUCUUACUGAAUCUUCCAAUAUCCACGCUAUAUUUCCACUAUACGACUAA